AUGAGCCUUUCGGAUGACUCUUAUGAGUACCAGCAGCAAGAUUCACCGGAUGAAACUCCACAACAGAAAAAGGACGAGGAGGAAGAGGAAGAAGAUGUUGUAGAAUGGCUACAAGAGCAUAUUGAUACUGUUUUUGCUGUCAGAAGCUCAGAAGUCGACUCAAAGCGAUUUGAACUUGCUGUAUCAAGAGCAGAACUAUCAACUUCAUUACUUAAUAAAGAUGUUCAACUUUUGAAACAACUCAGAGGUAUUACAUUAGAAUGUGGAAACCUUCGUGAUGAAGUCGGAUGGAUGGAGCAAGAUCUUAGUGAUGUUAAAGAAACUACUCAUAGAAAUAUUUUAGCUAUUCAUAUCAAAGCUGCAAGAGAUAAACAAACUCUACAAGAUGAAAUCAAUGAAAUGCUUGUUACAAAGAAGCAAUUGGAACAAUCAUUGUCAGAGCAGCGCCAAUACAUUAAUUAUCAAAAAGAACAAACUACUGAAAAUAAUUCAUUGCAAAAUCAACAAUUAGAUAACGAAAUUGAUAAAGCCACUCGAGAACUAGAUAAGAUUAGAUAUGGUCUCACAAGAGGUAGUCACAAAUACGAAGAACAAAUGACAGAUGCUGGUGAUACAAUUGACAUGCUUGAAUUUGAGAUCCAUGAGUUAGAAAAACAAAGCAAAUCCCUUGAUAUUCAAUAUGCCCAAACUAAAGCAGAAGUUGAAAGAAUUGAAGCCAAAUUGAAGAAAGCAGAAGAUAUUGCUGCACAGAAGAAGCUAGAACUUGAUGAAGUUAAGCAGCAACGAAUCAAACUUCAAGAGGAACUCGAUAGAAGAGAUGUUCAAAAUUGGAGUGAUAAAAUUGCUUCUUUAAACCUUAAGACGCGAAAUUAA